AUGCCAAGUGACAAUAAACCUAAUGUCAUCUUUAUUGGAGGGCCAAUGGGGAGUGGAAAAACUACAUUUGCUAGGCAACUCGCAGAUAUUUAUGGAUACGAGUUUGUGGAAGGGGAUGAUUUCCAUUCUGAUGAAAUGAAGCAAAAAAUGGCUUCGGGGAUUCCGUUGACAGAUGAGGAUAGACGUCCCUGGUUGCUGUCUUUAGCCGCACUUUGGCAAAACAAUAAAGAAAGGAAGAUGAUUAUUGCUUGUUCGGCUCUUAAAAAGGACAUACUUUUGGGUAGCAACGACGAGGCAACACAACACAAGGUCAAAAUAAUUUUGCUGAAAGUUAGCGAAGACAAUUUGCGUAGCCGGUUAGCUAAAAGGUUAAAAGAAGAUCCGAAACAUUUUGCACCUCCGAGCCUACUGCAGUCGCAGUUGGAGGCGUUCGAGGUAUUUUUUUAUUUUUUGUGGGAUAAAUUGCUUGGGUUCAUCCGGUCAGUUAAUUUUAAAAAAUCCUCAAAAAAUUCCAAGUUACCAGUAAAUGAACCAAAUGUAUAUAUAAUGGAAAAUAAUGAGGAUAGCUAUGGACCUGCCAUGGACUUAUUUAAUAAUCUUUGUUAA